UGCAAGAGGGACCGGAGUCUAAGUUGUGCUCUGGUUUGAGAGAUAUUUGUGUGAUAUAAGAGAUUUAUUGGAGGUGUAUUACAUGUUAUUGUGUGGUGUGUACUUUGUAUCUUGUCAAGGAAGAGGUUCGGAGGAGAUAUUGUACCUAUGUUUGAAGCAGACGUGAAUGAAAGUCUUCGUGAGUCUUCGUGAGGAUCCUCGUGAAUGAAAAGAGGUUCUUCCGCUGAUAAUUGUGCGGCUGGAAAGGUGUUAGGCCAUGGGCCUAGCCGGGAUGCAAGAUUACCUUCGACCGAUCAGUACUGCGACGGGACUGCUGACAUCCAUUGUUCUGCUUGGUGUUGGUGUCGACAUGGCUUACAACCACCGGUGGGCCGCCAUUGCUACACUAGGCUCAUUUGUCGUCGUCUGCGCCCUGGAGGUCACCUCGGUACCGGAGGCCUGCUUUCACGCCAGGCUGAGCUGGUCGUCCCCCGCCCCUCUACCCUGGUCUCUUCUCGCCACUCUGCGGGACGGAACGAGGGCCAUCCUCUACUCUCUCCUCGCUCUACUUGUACUGAUGACGUCACAGCACCGGAUGUGGCUCACGGCAAUGGCAGGUGCCCUGCUGUUCAUCUGUGCCGCUGAACAGGUCCUCUUGGCCUAUCUGGAAUGGAGAGGAUCCCGACGGAGAGACCGAACGUGUCUCCUGGAGGGAGACGACUUCGAAGAGCGGAACAGUGAGUCGCCUGAUCCAACCAGAGACGCCACGGCCGGAAUAGUGCGCCAGACUCAGCCGGAACAAAUAUGACGUCAUUGAUAAACAGUAGAAAAUAUGAUGACGUCAAUGAUAGUCAGGGACAGGACUUGGUGUCAUCAAUUGUUGACGUCAACAAUAAUUAAGUAUAAUGUGAUGAUGUCAAGAAAACUCUAGUCGUGGGCAUCAAUAGGUAGUCCCGAGCAUUUUUUUUAUGAUGUCACAGAACAAUAGCCCGAGACAGAUUUUAUGACGUCUCAAAAAGUCAUGGGAAAAUAUGAUGCGUCACAAAAAACUAAAAGCGACUCUGAUGAAGCCAUUAGGAAUCAUAUACAAUAUACAUUAACAAAUAUAUUAUGUUUUCUUUUACAAUAGUUUGAGACAUGUAGCAUUGUUAUAUUGGCGCAAGAGAAGGAAAUCAGCAGUUAUCGCUGAAGGAAUGCAAGUACCCGGUGCUUUGAAGAACCCACGUAAAUCAAACGUACCUAUUGAUCAAGCACGAUGUGUCGUACGCAAGGAUUCAGAGGGGCAUGGGCGUUGUUCCGACUCCGACUCCCAUCUCGACUCUGACUCCGAACAGGCAUCGCAGUUGCUGCGAGCAGCCUUGUGACUGUGCUUUAGUAAAAAAGAGCAUGUAUAGGAGUAGGAGAAUAUUGUCUAUUAGAUUUCGCAUUACCUAACAAACUGGUUAGAUCGUACUCGCUACUAAGUCGCUAAGUGUCAGAAUGAACGGCAGUAUUGCAAUGAUGAAUUGCAAAAUAGUAUCUACGCCACGUUGAAUGUGCUAUCGAGGCUAGUCAG